AUGGGGGACAAGGGCGCGACACGGGGGUUCAUCACGACGAUCGCGCAGGGGCUGCCGGGGAAGUGGUUCCUGGUGGUGUCCACGGCGUCGCUCUCGUCCGGCGCCAUCUCGCCCUCCUUCCUCUCCUGGAACGAAGUGGUGGCCGCAGCAACAGUGAGCCGCCAUUUCCUCCCUGCUCCUUCUGUCCUCGCUUGUCUUGCGCUCUCCUCUCUCCCUCUCUCCCUCCCUCUCUCCCUCCCUCCCUCCCUCCCUCCCUCCCUCCCUCCCUCCCUCCCUCCCUCUCUCCCUCCCUCCCUCCCUCCCUCCCUCCCUCCCUCCCUCCCUCCCUCCCUCCCUCCCUCCCUCCCUCCCUCCCUCCCUCCCUCCCUCCCUCCCUCCCUCCCUCCUGCUCUCUCCAUCUCGUACGCGUCCCACGUGUUCGCGCUGCAGACGUGCAACUUCUUCCCCUCCUUCGACGCCGCCUCCAAGUACAUCGUGCGCCAGUCCGAGCACGGCCUGCGCGUGACGGCGCUGGCGCAGGGCGCGGGGCAGUGGUUCGUGGUCAUGAGCAAGGGCGGCGCCAUGCCCGCGCUCUCGCAGGGGCUCGUCUGCUCCACCAGCCUCGCCGACUUCAUCCGCACGUUCCAGCGGUUUGCCCUCUCGUUAUUUCCUCCCCCCCUCCUUUACAUUUACCCCUAUUCCCACUCGGCCCCUCCCCUUUUCCUCCCCCACCUUUCCUCUUCCCCCUUCCCCCUUCCCGCCCGUCCCUCUCUGCUCUGCCUUGGCAGGGAUUUGAGGAGCACGAUCGUGUGCCAACGUGUCUCGUGUACGUCUGCUGCUGCUGCUGCUGCUGCUGCUGCUGCUGCCGCUGCUGCUGCUGCUGCCGCUGCUGCUGCUGCUGCCGCUGCUGCUGCUGCUGCUGCUGCUGCUGCUGCUGCUGCUGCUGCUGCUGCUGCUGCUGCUGCUGCUGCUGCUGCUGCUGCUGCUGCUGCUGCUGCUGCUGCUGCUGCUGCUGCUGCUGCUGCUGCUGCUGCUGCUGCUGCUGCUGCUGCCCCAGCCUUGUACCGCAGUCAAGUCGCCUACCACUGCGACGGCUCAGGCUCGUCCAACGGGUGGAUCGUGAACAACAUCAGCGACCGCACGCCGUGCUGGUACUCGCAGCUCACACUCGACUCGCCCGCACACCGCCAGGAGUUCGCCCUGCACCGCACCGUGCUCGCGUCCUCCUCCGCUGCUCUCUUCCGCCGCCCCACGCCCCCGUCCCCCUCGGCGCAGACUCCUGCUGGGAGUGCAGCGGGAGGAGGGGGAGGAGGAGGGUCCGGAGGUGGUGGUGGGAAGGGGAAUGCUGCUGGUUCUGGUGGUGGGAGUAGUGGUGGAGGUGGUGGUGGUGGUGGUGGUGGUGGGGUGGGAGGGUUUUUUGGGCGGUCUGCGUCAGCAGCAGUGAGCCAAGGGACGCUGACUGCCACUAUUGUGACGCGGGGGGGCAGCAGUGCGAGCAGCGGUGGUGCACCGGUCGCCUUCUCCUGA